CCGUCUCACAGUCGCUCUGCAGCCUCCGGCGACUGGGGGGAUGUGAGGCCGGCGCCCCAGCCCCCCGCCCCGCCAUGAGCCCUCCGCGCUGAGGGCCCCGGCCCCUGGAUGCACAGCCCCGGCGCUGAUGGGACCCAGGUGAGCCCAAGUGCCCACUGCCACAGUGCCCCUGGCACAGGCUGCCCCAGGCCCCCAGCUGACUCGUCUGGCCACCUGCCCCAGCCCAUGGACCUGCGGGUGGGUCAGCGGCCCUCGGUGGAGCCCCCACCAGAGCCCACGCUUCUGGCCCUGCAGCACCCCCAGCGCCUGCACCACCACCUCUUCCUCGCAGGCCUGCAGCAGCAGCACUCAGCGGAGCCCAUGAGGCUCUCCAGGGACGCACCAAUGCCCGAAUUACAAGUGGGGCAGCAGGAGCAGGAGCUGCGGCAGCUUCUCAACAAGGACAAGAGCAAGCGGAGCGCUGUAGCCAGCAGUGUGGUGAAGCAGAAGCUGGCAGAGGUGAUCCUGAAGAAGAAGCAGGCAGCCCUAGAAAGAACAGUCCGUCGCAAUAGCCCCAGCAUUCCCUACAGGACUCUCAAGCCCUUGGAGACCGAAGGAGCUGCCAGCUCCAUGCUGAGCAGCUUUCUGCCUCCUGUUCCCAGCCUGCCUAGUGACCCCCCAGAGCACUUCCCUCUGCGUAAGACAGUUUCUGAGCCCAACCUGAAGCUGCGCUACAAGCCCAAGAAGUCCCUGGAGCGGAGGAAGAACCCACUACUCAGAAAGGAGAGUGCCCCGCCCAGCCUCCGGGACUCUUCCCCCAGCAGUAGCAGCACACCUGCCUCAGGAUGCAGCUCCCCUAAUGACAGCGAGCAUGGCCCCAACCCGGGGCUGGGUUCAGAGGCGCUCUUGGGCCAGCGGCUGCGGCUGCAGGAGACCUCUCUGGCCCCGUUCGCCUUGCCGACUGUGUCCUUGCUGCCCGCAAUCACACUGGGGCUUCCUGCUCCUGUCAGGGCUGAUGGUGACCGCAGGACUCAUCCGACUCUGGGCCCUCGGGGACCAGUGUUGGGGAGCCCCCAUGCUCCCCUCUUCUUGCCCCAUGGCCUGGAGCCCGAGGCUGGGGGUCCCCUGCCCUCUCGCCUGCAGCCCAUUCUCCUUCUGGAUCCCUCAGUCUCUCAUGCCCCACUUCUGACUGUGCCCGGGCUUGGGCCCCUGCCCUUCCACUUUGCCCAGUCCUUACUGACCACCGAGCGGCUCUCGGGGUCAGGCCUCCACUGGCCGCUGAGCCGGACCCGCUCAGAGCCCCUGCCCCCAAGCACCGCCGCCCAGCUGAUCAAGAGGUCGGCCAAGCCGAGUGAGAAGCCCGGACUGCGGCAGAUACCGUCCACUGAGGACCUGGAGACGGAUGGUGGGGGCGUAGGGCCAGUGGUGGAGGAUAGCCCGGAACGCAGGGAGCCCACCCAUGGGCAGCACGAGGCCAGAGGUCCUGUUCCUCUCCAGCAGCACCAACAGGUAUUCCUCUGGGAGCAGCAGCGAUUAGCCCGGCGGCUGACCGGUGGAGGUACUGGGAGCUCGGUGCUGCUUCCCCUGGCCCAGGGUGGUCACCGGCCCCUGUCCAGGGCUCAGUCGUCUCCAGCUGCACCUGCCUCGCUGCCAACACCAGAGCCCGCCAGCCAGGCCCGCAUCCUCUCCAGCUCAGAGAACCCCACCAGGACCCUGCCCUUCACCACAGGGCUGGUGUACGACUCGGUCAUGCUAAAGCACCAGUGCUCCUGCGGAGACAACAGCAGGCACCCGGAGCACGCCGGCCGCAUCCAGAGCAUCUGGUCUCGGCUGCAGGAGCGGGGACUCCGGAGCCAGUGUGAGUGUCUCCGGGGCCGCAAGGCCUCCCUGGAGGAGCUGCAGGCAGUUCACUCAGAGCGCCAUGUGCUUCUCUACGGCACCAAUCCCCUUAGCCGCCUCAAAUUGGACAACGGGAAGCUGCCAGGGCUCCUGGCAGAGCGGAUGUUUGUGAUGCUGCCCUGUGGCGGGGUUGGGGUGGAUACUGACACCAUCUGGAAUGAGCUGCACUCCUCAAACGCAGCCCGCUGGGCUGCCGGCAGCGUCACCGACCUCGCCUUCAAAGUGGCUUCCCGAGAGCUAAAGAAUGGUUUUGCUGUGGUUCGGCCCCCAGGACAUCAUGCAGACCAUUCCACAGCCAUGGGCUUCUGCUUCUUCAACUCAGUGGCCAUCGCCUGCCGGCAGCUGCAACAACAGGGCAAGGCCAGCAAGAUCCUCAUUGUGGACUGGGAUGUUCACCAUGGCAAUGGCACCCAGCAAACCUUCUACCAGGACCCCAGUGUGCUCUACAUCUCCCUGCACCGCCACGAUGACGGCAACUUCUUCCCGGGCAGUGGGGCUGUGGACGAGGUGGGGGCUGGCAGCGGCGAAGGCUUCAAUGUCAACGUGGCCUGGGCUGGAGGUCUGGACCCCCCAGUGGGGGAUCCUGAGUACCUGGCUGCCUUCAGGAUAGUCGUGAUGCCCAUAGCCCGCGAAUUCUCUCCAGAUCUGGUCCUGGUGUCGGCUGGGUUUGAUGCUGCCGAGGGCCACCCAGCCCCACUAGGCGGCUACCAUGUCUCCGCCAAAUGUUUUGGAUAUAUGACGCAGCAAUUGAUGAGCUUGGCGGGAGGUGCAGUGGUGUUGGCCUUGGAGGGUGGCCAUGACCUCACGGCCAUCUGUGAUGCCUCCGAGGCCUGUGUUGCUGCUCUUCUUGGCAACAAGGUGGAUCCCCUCUCAGAAGAAGGCUGGAAACAGAAACCCAACCUCAACGCCAUCCGUUCUCUGGAAGCUGUGAUCCGGGUGCACAGUAAAUACUGGGGCUGCAUGCAGCACCUGGCCUCCUGUCCAGACUCCUGGGUGCCCAGGGUGCCGGGGGCUGACGCAGAAGUGGAGGCAGUGACGGCACUGGCAUCUCUCUCCGUGGGCAUCCUGGCUGAGGAGAGGCCCUCAGAGCAGCUGGUGGAGGAGGAAGAACCUAUGAAUCUCUAAGUCUUCGGAAGCAAUCUGCCCAUCCACCCUACCCUCUGGACCUGGUUCUCUUCUAACGUCUGGCGACAGUGCCCCUCCCUGGGUCUUCAGAGAUCCUGUGGGCAGGUAGUCAGGGUCAGAGAACAGCCUCUUGACAGUCACCCCAAGGAGUCUCAGAAGGCCCCUGGGUCUAGGAUGGGGACCAAAGGGGACUCUGGAAGGAGGCAGACUAGGUAGGCAGCCAGCAGGCCUUAGCAGAGCUCUCCCAAGAACAGCAUCUACCCUGUGGGGUCCAGGCCCUGGUUGGGCCCCCAUUCCUCAGGACUGCACAGAGGACACUGGCUCAGUCAGGCCGCCUUCCCUACCUGUAACCACUAUUCUUGGCUCUGUAGACCUGGACUUUGCACACAGCCCCAGGCUCCACACAGAAAUGUGAACUUGGCUUCCGUCAGGGUGGCCUUUCCUAGGCUCUGAGGGCCGCAGCGGGGAGGAGGUGAUGGGGAAAAUACAAGGGGUCCCAUAUCCCUGAGUCAGGGGUAGCCCCUCCUCCCACCUGCCCACUCUGAUGACUCUGGAAGCUUCCCCCGCUGCUGGGCAGUAAGAUGAAGCUCCCUCCAAGAGCCCUCACCAGCAGGCCUCCCAUCUGGUCCCGCCCUUGCAAGAGGCCGCUACUUGUCACCAUCUCAGUGCCCGGUGGAGCAGAAGGUGCUCUCGGAGUUCUGUGCUCUCUGACCCAAUGGUGCCAAACCCUCAUCUCCCCUCAGGAGCACAGCAGGGCCCCCAGGAAUCCCUUGGUCACUGGCCCCUCCACGAGCCUGCUCUCUUUCUGGGAUUCCCCCUACCCUAACUCUGAUUCCCACCCAUAUAGGACUAGCUUGGCUGAGGUGGAUGGGAGGGAGAGCAGAGGCAAGGUAUGGGGAGGGGAGGCUGCCCUGGCAAAGUCUUCACAGCUUCUGGGGUUCAGGCCUGGGGCCAAGAAGGAAAGUAUUUGAGUGCGUAAGCGUGUGUGUGUGUGUGUGUGUGUGUGUGUGUGUGUGUGUGUGCGCGCGUGUGUGCGCGUGCGCGUCUUCCCCAGCAUCUACUGUACCCUGUGUAUGUAUGCAUGUUUUUGUAAAAAAGGAAAAAAAGGAAAAAAAAUCUGAACAAUAAAUGUUUUAUUUGCUUUAAAGAUGCAUGUGAAGGGCCUCGGGAGGAGGGAUGUGCGGUGGGCAUACAGCGGCAGUGGAUUGGUGGGAACGGAGGGGACUGGGCUGGUGGGGGACCAUCCUCUCUCCGGCCCCCUGCCCUCUGGCAGCUUUCCUGCAGGAGGAAUCCCUCCUGAAGACACCCUGGUGCCUGGCCUAUCCCACCCUGGGGUGAUGAGGUGGCAGCUUUGGCUAACUUCAUGGACAGAGGGCCCGUGGAGGACGGGCCACCUUAGCCCCACGCGCUAAGGCUCAGGUUGUGAGCAGCCUUUCCUGGGUGCAGGUCCCAGCUGGGGGCUCAGCUAGAUCACCUCCUACGCCCCUGCUCAUCAGGCAAAGGCUCUAGAAGUAGACACCGUUUAUGGUUCCUUCCCGCUCUGACGCAUCAUGGUUUCUUAAACACGUAGCGUGACCACAAGAACAAAUGAGUGAGGCAGCAGACCCUGGCAGGCAUGCUCAGGGUAAGCAGGGAGGAAGGUGCAUCCUGCCAGCGCCCUGGCUUCAGGGUUUGGAGUGGCCCAGCCUGCCUUCUCCAGCCAGCAGGAGUGGUGGCCUCAUGGCCUCAGGCCUGGCCCCAUACCUGAGAGGAUGUGGGGAAGGGGGAUCUUCCCCCUCCCAUCUGUCCUGGCCUCUCUGGUGACAGACACAAAAUCCCGUGGGGGGCUAGACUGUGCCGUGGGUAUCCCACCCUGGCUGGGUGUGUACUAAGAGUUGGAGAAGAGCUGGUGGGUCCCCCGAGCCGAGAGGGGCCAGAGGGAGACAGCCUCCAGUCCAAGAUGAUGGCCUCCUUUGCCCACCAGGGCACAGUCUGAGCUAAGGAAAUGGCUGAAACUAGAGAACCACACCACCUUUCCACCCCGUGCCCACAUGCCCCCCGGAUCCCACCUGUGAGCAUCAACUAGAGGCUGUCUAAUACUGAUGACCACUGUAUUUCUGCUAAAGUGACAGUGACACAGAUAAGGCAAAGAACUGGGGCUGGCCACACCUGGUAGGGAGGGGUGGGUGUGCACCCUUAACAUGAGACACGCAGCGGCAGCUCCCCUCAGGUCAGGUGGGUCCGGGCCAGGGUGUGGGCAGAAAGGCAGGUUCUGUCCUUCAGUAGGGAGAUGUUUUUAAAAGAUAAAAAUUCCAGGAGACAGGCAGUGAACAGGGGUGGGACAGGGGUGUCAUCUCACACGGGUGACCAGCAUGCCCUGGGGACAGGUGUAGGAAGGUGGAUUAGGAAUGUAGGCCUAAGGUUGAGGGGUUCCUUUGGGCCUCCACUGCCACCCUCUACCCCAAAGCCCUGCUGGGGCAGGAGCACCUUCCCCAAGACUGUUAGCCGGCCUUGUUGGGAGUCUCACUUUAGAUGUGGGGGGCAUGUAAGAGGUGACAAGUGUGGAGGGGUGAUGACUGUUUCUGGGACACCCACAGACCAGGCCUGGCUAGGGACAGCCCCUGAUGACUUCCUGGGACAGAUGCGUUAAGCUGCCUCACCCUCGGGGAUAACAGGAUGGGGUGCUAGGGGUUAAGAGGUCUCUACCAGAGAUCCCCCAUGUGACCAGGCCGGAGGGAGAAUGCCGGGCAGCAGGGGCCACACUGCCUGCCCCCAGGAACACUUCAGGACCUCAUUGCCCAACCCAUUGUUGCCCUGGCCCUGCUUACAAAGAUUCCUCACUGAGUGCUAAGAAAAUAGAUCCAUCUGAGAAGGCUAAAGCCGCCUGCCAGCGAGGUGGAG